AGAGGAAAGAAAAACUAAAAUUGACUCCGACUGCAACGGACAAUCAAAACUGCUGAAAGGAUUGUCGGUCCCCCCCCUACCCACCAUUGAGGACUUGCACGCUGCCAGAACUAAGACAAGGGCGUGCAAAAUCCUCUCGGACCGUCUGCACCCCGGUCACCGGCUCUUCCGGCUCCUUCCCUCAGGUAUCUUAAUCACAAUUUCAUGACAUCAUUAAGCAAGGGCGAGCAGACGAUGGAGCGCGGCGCUAACCGAACGAGCCUGUCUAUCGGAAAGCAUCUCCUCCAAGCCUUCCAGUGGACUAAUAUUUGUCUUUCCACCUCCUCCCUCCUGUGAACAUCUGGACUGAAGCUUUGCCGAAACAUCAACUUCCUUGGAGACUUUAGUGGCUUUUUGGUGCAUACAUGAAGCUCAGAGAAUCAGCACCAGUCUUGGGUGGGUGACGCUGCGCCCAAGGCCCACCCACACCACCCACCCUCCUCGUGCUCCCUUUUGUUGCGCCAUCAAACAUAAAGCACCUUUGCGAGCUCCCGAGGGGCAUCACACGCAAGCGAGGAGCGCGCUCCACUCUGUCGCCAUGUCCAGAUCCUUCUACGUGGAUUCGCUCAUCGUCAAGGACGCCCGACCGGCCGAACACCCGGCGGCGGCGGCGGCCCACGACUUCCUGCUGCCCAUCAGCGUGCACACGCCGGGCGUGGUGCCGGCGUGCCCGUCCAGGAAGAGCGGCGCGUUCUGCGUGUGCCCGCUGUGCGUCAGCACGCACCUGCACUCCAACUCCAGGCCGGCCCUGAAAGGCCACUUCUCCACGGGCACGGAGGCGGCGCAGUACUGCCACCGGCUCGCCCACCACCAGCACCAGACUGCCGCCUUGGCGCACCCGGGACAUGCACCUGUUUGCACGGCGUCCGUUUUCACAGACCCGCGGAGAUACCACUGCAUCUCCAUGGGCGCCUCGGAGAGCAGCCACAUCCAGAACGGCAAGCGCAUGCGCACGGCCUUCACCAGCACCCAACUGCUGGAGCUGGAGCGCGAGUUCUCCAGCAACAUGUACCUGUCCCGCCUGCGCCGCAUCGAGAUCGCCACCUACCUGAGCCUGUCCGAGAAGCAGGUGAAGAUCUGGUUCCAGAACCGCCGCGUCAAGCACAAGAAGGAGGGCAAGGCGGCGCAGAGGAGUUCCCACGCCGCUGGCGGGGGCGGCGGCGGGUGCAAGUGCUCGGGCGCGCGCUACCCUCGCUCAGAGGACGAGGAAUCGCUCUCUCCCGUCUCGGCUUCGGAGGAGAAGGACGGCGCGCUGGUCAUCAUGUGACUACCGCCAAUUUGGACCGAGUGACCUCUACCUGCAUGAAAACUGUUGACGAGGAAAACUUUAUUGAUAAUGUGAAUGCACGUUUUUGACAAAAAUGAAUUUAUUGGACUUGUCGUGCAUCCCUUAUAACAGGGGUUCUCAAACUGGCGUCCACGGGCCGUAACUUGGGGCUCCGCAUAAUUAUUUGGGAGUAGUCGUAUUGUUUGAUAAAAGUGUGUGCUUACAUACCGUAUGGUGCCAACUGAACAAACACAAUAAACCAAUGACAUGUCACAAAAAUCUGACAGUCCUAAAAAAGUAAGAAAAAAUACAUUUGAACAAAAUGUGUAUCAUUACAGGAAAUUUUCCUUUUUUUAUAUAACCAUAUUUUUCCCAAGAAUUGAGUGUUAGGCAAAAAUCUGUGCAUAAGUGACGAGCCGCGAAUACGUUUCAUGAGGUUUUACAGAGGCCACGAGAUACCUCAACUCACUUCCUGGGCACCAAAUUACCAAAAGAUGGCGGCAAAGCACUACUUGUGUCUAAACGAAACUCCUCAAUUCACUUCAACAUCCUUCCUUUGGCUCCCUGGCACCAAAGGUAAUACUUUCAUUUCACCGGCCUGAGCACAAAAACAGAGGAGAGGUGAGAUUUCAGCAAAUAACGGAAAAUAGGUUUCACAAAAUAAUUUACAAAAUCGCUGAAUUUGCAAAUCCCAAACUAUGACUAUGCGGAGGUUCACUGUAAAGCCCUAUUUUUUUAUUUUAUUUUGUUUUACUUUUGAUAAUAAAGGUGUCUCUUCCAUACUUAAAGGUGUAACAUUAUGAGAAUAAAGUCGUGUUUUUAAAAGUCUUAAGAUGAUGACUUUUCAUCCCGACAAAAUACAUUUUUGUUCUUGUUUUUGUAACAUUCCAACUUUUUUUUUUUUUUUUCACAAAAAUAGGCAGCUUUUGAAUUCCUAUGGCAUGUAAGGGCACACGUGGCGGUUAUGUUUAAUUGGUUUUAGGAUUAUGAGGUUACCUUGUAAAAGAUUUCUCCCCAGUGUGAGGUCCCUGGACCCAAAAAGUUUGAGAACUCCUGUCCUAUACAGUCUGGAAGUCCUCCACUGUUGACCCUUCACUGUGAGUGUGCGUGCGUGUGUGUGUGUGUGUGUGUGUGUGUGUGCAUGCGUGCAUGUUUGUGAAAAGGUCUUAGAAGCAAUAUAUAAAAAAUGUAAAAAAAAUGUUUUUAAAUAGCAUAUAGGACAACCUGUGUGUGGAACCCGUAAGCA